AUGUCGCACGCGGAUUUUUUGUCAAGAAAUCCUUUGCCUGACUGCGACGUGCAUGAAAACGCAACAAUUAAUGUCCAUAAUAGAAAGAACGUUAAUAUAUUGCAUCUGCAAAAGGAGUGGAUAGUGGUAGAACAACAACGAGAUCAUGAAAUAUCUCAAAUUAUGUCAAAAUGGCGGACUGGAGAUCUACCAAAUGAUCUAGCUGGAUCAUACGAUAUUCGUAAAGGUAUACUGUACCGCAAGAUUCAACAACGCUUCGAUAAAACACGUAUCAAACAUUUUAAACAAGGUGAUUUCGUAUUUUUGAAAAAUAGUGAACGAAACCAAACAAAAUUAGAUCGUAAAUUUCGGGGACCCUUUAAAAUCAUUAGUAUUUUAGAAAAUGACCGUUAUGAAUUGCAACAUGUAGAUGGCUCUAAGAGAAUUUAUAAAUACCCCCAUGAAAGCUUGCGUGAAGUUCCCAGAGGAAGGGCAGGCUUAACCGAAUUAGCGGAAGCGCUUUGUGAACAGGCUCUUAAUGAAGAUACCGUGUCGGCGACUAAUGAUAAUGCGGGCAGUGUUCGAAUUGAUGAUUCAGCAGUUAGUGACGUUGUUGUGAAUCAAUCAAUAAGCGAGGACGAUAAAAUUGAUGACGACGAUACUGUAUCCCUAUAUAGAAUUUGCGAUGAGGAUAGCGACGGUGAAGGUUCGACAGCUACUCGUUUAGCUGAUCAAAUUAAUGAUGAUGAUUUGGUUAAUGUGUGGAGAAUAUGUGAUGAUCAAGAUGAGUAACGACUAGGCAUAUGCUGGACUCGGACGUAAGAUGAUUAACGCCCGAGGCCGGGCGUCUGUCAGGAAGGCCGUGUCGGCGUGAAAAGGAAUUGGCAAAGUACCUACGCGAUGUGACACUGAAUGGAGCUAGUGUCGCGUACCGACGGAACGCCGGGGCCGAAGAAAGGGCGCGAAAAAGAACUGUCACUUGUCGUGACUUGUCAGUGGUCUCUUUGUUCGGAAACAAUUAGUUUUUCCCUCGGCGGAUCGUUUUUGCCCAUUGUCCUUUUGUGUCUACUUAAAUUAUAAUUUGUAAAGGAAUUGCUAAUAAAAGUUAUAAGAAUUAU